AUGGUCCUCAGAAGAAUCCUCACUGUGGUCUUCAGAAGCAGGGUCUGCGCUACUACUAGAUGCCUCCUUCAAAUUUGCGUCACCAUCAGACUUCUCCUCCUCUGA